UGCGAAGCGUCUGGAACCGCAUCCUUCCUCCGCAUCCCCGUCCUGCGACCGCAUCCUGCAGCAGCUGCUGGCUGGAGCCGCCUGACGGGGACCACCAAUCGCCAUGGUGAAGCUGGGUUGCAGCUUCUCCGGGAAGCCGGGCAAGGACCCAGGGGACCAGGAUGGGGCUACCACGGACAGCGUCCCUCUGAUCAGCCCCCUGGACGUCAGCCAGCUCCAGCCACCGUUCCCCGACCAGGUGGUUAUCAAGACACAGACAGAAUACCAGCUGUCCCCCUCGGACCAGCCAAAGAAGUUCCCCGAUCUGGAGGCCCAGAAGCUGGCCUGUAACCACCCCGAGGAAGGACGCAGGCUGCCCACUGCGCGGAUGAUAGCCUUUGCCAUGGCGCUCCUGGGCUGUGUCCUGAUCAUGUACAAGGCCAUCUGGUAUGACCAGUUCACCUGCCCUGACGGCUUCCUGCUCCGGCACAAGAUCUGCACCCCGCUGACCCUGGAGAUGUACUACACCGAGAUGGACCCCGAGCGUCACCGCAGCAUCCUGGCGGCCAUCGGGGCCUACCCGCUGAGCCGCAAGCACGGCACGGAGACCCCCUCGGCCUGGGGGGAGGGUUACCGCGCUGUCAAGGAGGGUCCCAAGGCGCCCACCCAGGCAGGGGCAGCGGCGGCGGCCACCGAGUCCCCCGGCAAGUCCUCCGCGCUGGGAGAGAAAGAGGCGGCGCUUAAGGCGGCAGGCAGCGCCCCGCCCCCGGCCCCCCAGUGACGGCCUCCGCCCCUGCGGCCCGGCGCCCCCCCGCCGGCACCUGUGACCGCCCGACGCUCUCCUAUCUUAUCUUGUGGUCGUGCCCCUGCUUCCAGGACCCGUCGCUGACGCCCCCUGCCCCCGAGCUUGCAGCUCUGUUGCUUUUCUCUAAGUAAAGAUUCAUAUCCACCUGGG